AUGGGGAAAUUCAGCCUCAGGCGGGGCGACGACGACGACGGUGAUUCCAGUAGACUCGCUCUCUUCGGCUCCAGAUCGAAGAGCAAAUCCCCCGCUCCGCCCUCAAAUAACCCGUACGCACAGCCCACGAUUGCACCCGACCCCUACACAAAGGCGAAGAUGAAUGCUGGAAUCCUCCCCCCACCAGGUCAGGGCGCUGCUCCAGGUCAAGGCGGCGUCAGGGGAUUACCCGGUCCUGGUCAACAGAGGCCGCCACAAGGUAGAGACAACCCUUAUGGCGGAGCGCCGACUAGCAGUUUUGGUGGUGACAACAAAUACGGUCCUCCGCAAGGUGGAUUCCGAGAAGGUAGUGGUUACGGUUCAGACAAGUUUGGCAAUCAGAACGGAUAUGGAGGAGGUGGCCCUCCUGGCGGCAAUCCGUAUGCCGGCGUUCAACAGACCAGCGGCACGUCAAGGCAAGGAGGUUACGGUGGGCUAAGCGCCCCCAACCUCUACGACAACGACAGUAAUCGUGAUGAACUGUUUGGCGGAGCACGGGAACGACUUGAGCAGAAGCAGCAGAGUCGUCCAGAUGGGCCUCCCGACUAUGAGUACAACUCCAACAAUCAGCCUGAUGCCGGUGACCGCAGCUACGGUGCGUAUGGCGAUCGUCAACUGACGGCCGAAGAAGAGGAGGAGGAAGACAUCAAUGCCACCAAGCAGGACAUUAAGUUCAUGAAGCAGCAAGAUGUGGCAUCCACCAGAAACGCUCUCCGAAUUGCAGCUCAAGCUGAAGAAAUGGGCCGGAACACACUUGCCAGGCUCGGAGCUCAGGGCGAGAGAAUGCACAACACUGAUCGCAACCUCGAUCUCGGAAACAAUCAUAUCAACAUUGCGGAGGACAAAACCAAAGAACUUAAGACCUUGAACCGCAGCAUGUUCGCGGUCCACGUGAAUAACCCUUUCACCGCUGGGGACAGGCGUGCUCGCAGAGACGAACAGAUCAUGGAUAGGCAUCACGCCGAGCGAGAGGCUCGCGAGGCUACUCGCGAGGCUGCUUUCAAGACCACUCAGCGAAUGAAUCAGCAUUUCAAAGGGUUCGAGGAGACCCAAUCUGGCACCAAACCUAAGACCAGUCUGGCUGAAAGAGCGAAAUACCAAUUCGAGGCUGAUAGCGAGGAUGAUGCCAUGGAGGAUGAGAUCGAUCGAAACCUUGACGAUCUCUCGGGCGCAGCCAGGCGCCUAAACUUGCUUGCUCGUGCCACGGGAGAAGAAGUAGAGGCGCAGAACAAGCUCAUAACAACUAUUGCCGAGAAGAGCGAUCGCUUCGACGAUCGAUUACAUUUCCAAACCGAGAAGCUCAAGAGAAUACGUUAG